AUGCGCCGGCGCCCCCGUUACUCUGCGCGCCCCUUUGCGCUCACGAUAUUGGCGGUCUCGGUCCUAGUCUUGCUGGCAUGGGUCAAGACUGGGCAUGACAAUGGGCCAAACAAAGAGUUCGCGUCUACUACUGCUCUUGUGAGGAGAGACGUUCUGAGACGAGAUGAAGAAUGUCGAAUGGUACAUCAAGCGAAGGACAAGUGCGCAUUCGUUAGAGAGAAUUGUCCAGACGAAGAGGCCGGCAUCUUCUCAUACCUCACGCUGUACUACUGUCGCCUUCCGCAUGCGAAGCCGGUCGCGUUCACUAUUCUUGUAUUAUGGCUUGCGCUUCUCUUCAGCACCAUCGGCAUUGCUGCGAGCGACUUCUUUUGCGUCAAUUUGAGCACCAUCGCCAAUCUGCUGGGCAUGAGUGAGAGCAUGGCAGGAGUCACCUUCCUAGCGUUUGGCAACGGAAGUCCGGAUGUCUUCUCCACGUUUGCCGCCUUCAACACCAACUCCGCUAGUCUCGCCAUUGGGGAAUUGAUAGGAGCGGCAGGUUUCAUCACUGCUGUGGUGGCAGGUUCGAUGGCCCUGGUGCGCCCAUUCAAAGUCGCGAGGCGAAGCUUUGUUCGGGAUGUGGGCUUCUUUAUCGUAGCCGCCACCUUCAGUAUGGCCUUCAUCUGGGACGGAAAGCUGAUGCUGUGGGAAUCAUGUACUAUGGUCGGCUUCUACAUCUUCUACGUGUGUUUCGUCAUGGUAUGGCACUGGUGGCUAGGGCGCAGGAAAGCCCGAAGACUCCGAGCUGCCGCAAUGCGAAGCCACUACGUCGUACCCGGCGGUGAAGAAGAAGAAGUUCCUCAGGAGUACCAUGACGAGGAUGACGGACCGACGAGUGCAGGUCGGCCCAGUUUGUCGCGAGGUGUAUCUGCCGAUGACUUCGCAGCCCUUGAACGUAAUGAUCAUAGGGACUCUUUGGAGGCUGACGAAAAUGAAGAGAUGCGCGAAAGAUGGUUAGGGGAAUUAAACGACAACAUGCGUGUCAGUAGACCACAGGUUGGACGUAGGCGAAACACUCACACCCCUAUCCGACCCAGUUUGGUCGGUGCACUCGAAUUCCGCGCGAUACUAUCGUCUCUUCAAAAAUCUAGGAACAUACAGACGAUUCCAAUCAACCUGCGCCGAUACUCCGACGAUCCAACAUAUACCACUGCGCAACAGCAAGAUCUCAUAUCGACGACCUCAGAUCCUGCACCACGACCGCCAUAUGACGUUGAACAAGGACCCUCCGAAGAAACUCCCCUGAUCACCAGACCUACUCUAGAGGUACAGAGACAUUUACCUAAUCGUCUGAGGGCAGUGUCAGCCAACGGUGUAGACAAUGCCCGCUUUGAUCCCGAGACAUUACGUCCUGGAGCGAUUCCUACAAUUGACUUUGGGCCGGCUUCGCCAGAGGAUACCAUGAAAGAUCAGAACGCUGCUGAUCUACAACCACCUCCAUCCCCAGUCAUAUCGUUGUCACCACCAGCGUCAGAGUACGACUUAUCGGCACCAAGUCCUGUAGUUCCGACGUCUGUUUCAAACCCGACCUCCAAUUUGCUGGCACCUCCAAACUGGGACGGCUCCGGAUCUACGGUGCGCUCAAUGAAGACAACUCCAAGCCCACUAUCGUCACCUGUCGUGGAGUCUGUGGCACCGUCGCGACCACAGCCCAAGCUGAUUGUACCGGGCUCGGCCUCGCCUCCGAUCCCCUUUCCAGCGUACACAGACUAUCCAGGCUCAGCUCAUAGUUCCAGGGCUCCGAGCCUCCGUCUGCCCCCUCCCAGUGUCUCUGCUGCCUCUCUCUCGUCCGAUUAUUUCGCGGACCAUAUCAUGGAAACCAGCGAUCGUGCCAAAGUCCCCCGUUGGUGGCCAUCCACCAUCCUACCGCCGCCUACCAUUCUUCUGUCGACAUUGUUCCCUACUUUGUGGAAUUGGAGGGACAAGAACAUAUGGGAUAAGAUGCUCGGCGUUGUUGCAGCACCAAGCGUCUUUUUACUCACAAUAACACUGCCAGUAGUAGAACAUAGAGAUGACGCAGAUGAAGCAGGUUUAGCAUCUGUGACCAGUCUCAGUCUGCCCGAUGGUUUGACACCACUCAACGGGAGUCUGUCAGCACAUCACCGCAGCAUGGUCUCGGGACUGGAUGCCGAGAACCCCUCAAGCGAGAACCAUCGCAGAGAUCGCAGCACGAUUUCGAUUGGUAAAGCCGAUUCCACCGGCCGAGCUGGCAGUACUGUCACGACUCCGUCUGGCCAGCCGCAGCAAAUUAUACCCACGGCCGAAAGGGAUAUCAUGCAGUCACCCGAGCAGCUUCCGACUGCAGCACCCUCGUCUGGGCCGAAGACUUGGAAUAGAUGGCUCGUCAUCAUUCAAACCUUUACAGCGCCCUUCUUCAUAGUCCUCAUAGUCUGGGCGAACACGGAGCUCGAGUACCCACGUGCGCUCAUCCGCCCAAUGAUGUGGUCUCUUCUCAUCUCACUCUGCACGUUGGCUUUCCUUCUCAUCACAACGACAACCACGCGGCCACCACGAUGGCGCUCGGUGCUUUGCUUCCUGGGUUUCGCAGUGAGUAUUGCUUGGAUCAGCUCCAUCGCCAACGAAGUAGUAGGGGUGCUCAAGACGCUGGGGGUCAUCUUGAACAUGAGUGAUGCUAUUCUGGGACUGACGAUUUUCGCGGUCGGGAAUUCUCUAGGGGACUUCGUCGCUGACAUUACCGUGGCGCGCCUUGGGUUCCCGGUCAUGGCACUCUCAGCAUGCUUUGGAGGCCCGAUGCUGAACAUACUCCUCGGUAUUGGCCUGAGCGGAUGCUGGAUCAUCCUCAAAGGCGGUCGACAUCACCACGCAAAGCAUCCAGACAAGCCGAUCAGGUUCAAGCCCUACCAGAUCGACAUCAGCACCACGCUGGUCAUAUCUGGGGGUACCUUACUUGUCACCCUAGUCGGACUUUUGGUGGUGGUACCAUGGAGACGGUGGAAGAUGGACAAGACGAUUGGGUGGGGAUUGGUGGCGCUCUGGUGCAUCAGCACAGUUGUCAACGUGGUCGUCGAAGUGUUGGGCAUCAGUAGCAGUGUAGGUUAA